AUGGCCAUAAAGGAGGAGCUGAGGAGCCGUCAGUUCUGGCAGGGGAUUCUGGCAGAGACUCUUGGUUCCCUGGUCUUUGUAUCUGCUGUGCUGGGCUCUUUAGUGCCGGGGCCGGAUGGGGCCUCCCCGGGGCCCAUUUACCCAGCACUGGCUGCUGGUAUGGCGACCGUGGUUCUGGGAUAUUGCUUUGGUGAAAUCAGUGGGGCUCAGGUGAAUCCUGCGGUGACUGUGGCUCUCUUGGCCACGCGUAAGGUGGAUGUGUUGAGGGCUGUGGUGUAUCUGAUCGCUCAGUGUUUGGGUGGGAUCCUCGCGGCUGGCUUCAUGUACCUCUCGCUGCCCCUGAAGUCCGUGGCGCAGAACUACAUCAACAAGGUCCCAGUGGACAUGAACGCAGGUCAAGCUCUCGGGAUGGAGAUUCUUGCCACGUUUCUCCUGGGUUUCACUGUAUUUUCUGUGGAAGAUCAGCGCAGGAGAGAAAUAAAUGAACCAGGGAAUUUAGCCAUUGGGUUUGCUGUGACCACUGCCAUCUUUAUUGCUGGGAGGUUUUCUGGUGCCAGCCUGAACCCAGCUCGCUCUCUUGGUCCCGCUAUAAUACUUGGAUAUUGGGAACAUCACUGGGUCUACUGGAUCGGUCCAAUCUUAGGUGCAUUGCUGGCUGGAGUGUCUCAUGAGUUCAUUUUUGCCCCCAGUGCAUCCAGACAGAAGCUGGUGGCUUGUUUGACCUGUAAGGACAUUGAGAUUGUGGAGACGGCCAGCGUGUCUCGAUCGUCCCUGUCCACUGUCACACAGAGCGCCAUGAGAAACAAACAAAACAACAAACUGGAGCACAGCUAA